AUGGCUUCCAUGCUCUCUUUUCUAAACUCACUUUCUUACAGAAAGAAACCUAGCAACAACGCUAUUAAAGAUGAUCACAUCAAUGACGACUUAGCCAUUGUGAAAGCAGCUGCAUGGGCAUGGUACCAACGUGGUUCCGGAUCAUGCCAUGAAGGAGAGGCUAUUUCAAGUGAGUUUUUUAUCAGAAGGAAUCGUCGCGAACCGAGACCUUCUCGUUAUAAGUUAGAAUUAGAAGCAAAAAGAUCAAUGGAAAUGGAAAUAAAGGAAAGUUCUCCGAUUCAUCACAAGAAGGAGGAAUCUCUACUUGAUGAAUAUGAAGUUCAAAGCAUUUCAAGUCAUUUGAAUAAGCUUAUAGUGUCUAAUAAUAAUCAAAACCGCAAGAAACUUGUGAGUAGCACCGACAAUAUUGCUAUUACAAGUGUAGAUGGUGGUGCUAAAAAGAAUAAGAAGAAGAAGAUUAUAAGAAAAGGGUUUUUCUUUAAGCAUGGUGUUGUAUGUGGAAGAGAAGGAGAUGUGGUUGAUUCAAGUAGUGUUGUCUCAAGAGGUCGUGGUUUCAAAUAA